CCGCCAACGACCAGCUCGCAUAACUUGUCUCUUCCGCAGUCCAACCCUGUACACUCUUUCUUUCCUCCAAAACUCAUUGAAUACCCUUUACUCAAGACUUGUUAUACUUUGUACAUGUACACCACCGCUACCAAGCACUCGCCGGAAUGGCGACUCAGACCUCUCUCCUCGUUUCUGGGCUUCCUAGAUAUUAAGCUUGGUGUGACCAUCGCCCUACUCUUUGCCCUCCUGAACAAGGUGGCAGGUGUAUAUGGGUUGAUCGCAGUUCUUACGGGUGCUGGAGGAUCUGCAGCUCAGCUGAGCUUGUACAUCUACUCUGUAAUAGGACUCAUAGCCUUGGCAUGGGGUCUACGAGCCAUCACUCACGAAGACCCUAAACAUACGCUGUACUUUGCCCAUGUAUUCUUUGCGGACCACGUACUCUCCACAGCAUGGACGGUCUUCUUCGCCGUCUUGUGGUGGGUUUAUACACCUCACGAUGGCAAGAAACAGGCCAACUCUCCCGCCCAACAAGAAAUGGCGAAGAGUACGCCUGAUAUAGUCCAGAACGAUAUGUCCGAGGAAGAGAGAGUAUAUGCUGCUAUGAGAAUGUGGGAUCACGAGAAGGGUAUGGCUACCACCGUGAUCGUGCUUGGCUGGAUAGCGAAGAUAUACUUUGCUCUUCUUCUGUAUUCUUAUGCAAGCCACUUACGCAAAGGCUCGUAUCGGUCUCUUCCAUAUACCCGUCAACCAUUGCCAUCACAUUAUCAACCUAUACAUCCAACCACCGCACUACCCGACGAAGAGGAAGAAGUCGAUGAUUUCUACCGUCUACCUGUUCGAGCACCUGCACCACCACCACUCACGCCCUCUGGUUCCUCACACGCCCGUUCCGGUUCAAAUGGCGGUUCAUCCAUAGGCAGUUUCGCAGACUUUGUCAGUGCACCUGGUAGAGGCUCAAGACGAGUCCCCAAUGUCCGAAAGUCCAACCUCAAUCCUGCGAAUAGCAAGACGACGGAUGGAUUGGAAGUGGAUGAAGUUUUAUUUGAUGAAGAUGAAGGCGCGAGUAUUUUGGGAACUAUCACUGCCAGUCGGAGUGCUAGUGGAAGUGGGAGUGGAAGUGGUAGCGGUGGGUCGAUGGAUGAGGAACGAGCGGUUGGUGGGAGUAAUCAUGGACGAAAGCAGAGUCGAACAAGACCUUGAUUGUAGUUCUUGCGCUGGAGGCAUGCAUGGUAUCAAUGAUAGGCGGUAGAGCUGUUGGUGUAGGCUGCUUGCACGUUGCAUUUCUUCCUUCAUAUUACCCUUCUUGUUUAGUUAUUUUUGGGAUUUGAUGCAUUGUUUGUGGCAUGU